AUGGAUUUGAAAUCUUCUUUUUCUAAAACCACCGUAGCUCCAUUUUAUGCGGGCUCUGGAGCAGUUGCAUCAGUUACAAGCGAUGGUUCAUUGCUUGCGACAUGUAUUAUAGAUAAAGUGAACGUUAUAAGUUUGACUGAGCCUAAAAAGAUUAUUCAUGAAAUUGAAAAUAAUGAUGAACAAGAAUUGACUGCCUUGAAAUUGACUGGAGAUGGUAGAUAUGUUUGUUUUGUAUCGCAAAACCAGUUGCUUAGGAUAUACAACCUAGAGAAGAAGCAGGUUACUAGAUCAAUUAAACUAUCAUCACCUGUGUAUGUCGCUGAUUGUGAUGAGACAUCUACUCUGUUAGCAGUUGGUGGUACAGACGGUAGUGUGAAUGUUAUUGAUAUUGAAAAUGGGUACAUUACGCAUUCGUUUAAGGGUCACGGUGGUACUAUUUCUAGUCUAAAGUUCUAUGGAGAGUUAAAUAGCGAGAAUUGGCUUUUAGCAUCCGGUGAUACGGAAGGUGUUGUGAAGAUAUGGGAUUUGGUGAAGCGAAGGUGUCUGCAUACUAUGAAUGAGCAUACAGCUGCCGUAAGAGGGUUGGAUUUUCAACUUGAUGAUUCUAACCUGAAGCUGUUAUCCGGAGGAAGGGACGAUAUAAUAAUGGUUCACCAAUUUGAUUCGAAGAAAAAAUGCAAAUUGCUGCAGACUAUCCCUAUAAAUCAGCAGGUUGAGGCCUGUGGGUUCAUUAAAGGUCAUGAUUCACUGGUUUAUACUGCCGGUGGGGACGGUAUGUUCAAAAUAUGGUCGCAAGAAACAGGAAAAUCAUUGAGGUCCACCAAAAAGCCAAUUGAGGAACUGUUUGUUAUCGGUGUUUUACCAAUUAAUAAUGGUAGUGGUUAUUACUUAGUUCUUAACGACCAGACGCUGCUGAGGAUCAAUAUUGAAAGGGCUUUAGAUUUAGGGCAUGAAUACAUUCCAAUUGAUUCCACGUUAUCUGGUAACCACGGUAUAGUGGCAGAUAUGAAACUAGUAGGCCCUGAAUUGAACAUGUUAGCAUUAGCGACUAACUCUCCCACAUUGCGGAUAAUUCAAGUACCUGCUUCCAAUGGUAACACUGAUGAAUGUACGAUGGAUACUGACAUGUACGAUGGUCACAGUGAUAUGUUGAACGCCCUGGAUGCUAGUGCGGAUGGCAGAUGGCUUGCUUCUGCUUCUAGGGAUCAUAGCAUUAUCCUAUGGAGGUAUGUUGAAGAGCGUUCUAUGUUUCAGCAGUAUGCAAAAUUCAUUGGUCAUGUAGGCCCAGUGACUGCUGUAGGUUUGCCUAAUGUUAUGAACCAUAAUUGGCCAUCAUUUCUGCUUAGUGCCUCUAAUGACUUAACUAUUAAAAAAUGGGUUGUUCCAAAGCCAGCGAAUGAUUCUGUUCCUCAAGAUACUCAUAUUGUUAAAACUAGUGAAUAUACAAGGCGUGCACAUGAGAAAGAUAUCAACGCUUUGUCAUUAUCUCCCAACGAUUCUACUUUUGCUACUGCAUCUUAUGAUAAGACGGCUAAAGUUUGGGAUCUUGAUACUGGUGAAUUGGUCGCCACUUUAGCAAAUCAUAAGCGUGGUUUAUGGAAUAUUGCCUAUUGUCAAUACGAUAAGCUCAUUGCUACUUGUUCAGGUGAUAAAACUAUAAAGAUUUGGUCUUUGGACAAUUUUACUGUUACAAAGACUUUGGAGGGCCACACAAAUGCCGUUCAAAGAGUAUCUUUUAUUAACAGAAAUAAGCAAUUGGUCUCCACCGGAGCCGAUGGGCUGGUCAAAAUAUGGGAUUAUGCUACCGGUGAGUGUGUGCGCACUUUGGAUGCACAUGACAAUAGAAUUUGGGCAUUGACUGUCGCAGAUGAUGGCGAUUUGAUUAUCACCGCAGAUGCAGAUGGUGUAUUCCAAUUCUGGAGAGAUAACAGUGAACAAGAACUCGAACUUAACCUAGAGAAAGAAAAGCUAAAGGUCGAACAAGAGCAAUCCUUAAAGAACUAUAUUUCAGCCGGUGACUGGACCAAUGCAUUCUUGCUAGCGAUGUCUCUAGACCAUCCAAUGAGACUAUACAACGUCUUGAAGAAGAGUAUGUCCAGCACGCUAGCAUCCAAAGACUCAAACACUAUUUUCAACGAGGAGCUUGAUAACAUAUUUGCUACGUUGGAUAAUGAUCAAAUAUUGAAGUUAAUGAAAAGAUGUCGAGACUGGAAUACAAAUGCUAGAACACACCAGGUAUCACAAAAGGUAAUCAAAUGUAUAUUAAUGAAGCAUAAUAUUUGUGAAUUAAGUGAGAUUCCAGGCCUAAUACCAAUAAUUGACGCUAUUACGCCUUACAUUGAAAGACAUUAUGCAAGAGUUGAUAAUCUCGUUGAACAGAGUUACCUUCUAGACCAUGCAUUACUGGAUAUGGCUAAAUUAUUUUAG